AUGGGGUCAAUGAUGAUAAAGGAGUUCGUAUGGAGGGGUAAGCUGUCGAGAGUUUGUUAUAGGUCAGCUUUCACUUCAACGGCAUAUGUGAUUCGUGAUUUUUUUUCCUUCUUCUCUGUUCUCUUUUUUUUGCCUCAUUUUUCCCAGUUCUUCGCUUUUUCGUUUCUCUUCACUCACUGCCACUUUCCUGUCAAUCUUCCCCCUUUAGGGUUUGCUUCGCGAAGAAAAAUGAUGAUCUCAUUCUUCCUUCAACAAACAACUUUAGCUUGAAGCAAAUCUGACCAAGAAAAUCCCCAGAUUGUUAGUGAAAAACCAAAAAGAUAAAAGAAUUUCAAGAUUUGUAGAAGUAAAGGAGAAAAAGACUCGAGCUAUAGGAACGAUUGGGUAUAUUAGUGCGGCGGCGAAGGAAAAUGAGCGCCUCCAGAUUCAUAAAGUGUGUUACUGUCGGCGAUGGUGCUGUCGGCAAAACUUGCUUGCUUAUUUCCUACACCAGCAACACUUUCCCUACGGAUUAUGUCCCUACUGUUUUCGACAAUUUCAGUGCAAAUGUUGUUGUGGAUGGCAGCACUGUCAACUUAGGUUUAUGGGAUACUGCUGGUCAAGAGGAUUACAAUAGAUUGAGACCAUUAAGCUAUCGUGGGGCCGAUGUCUUUAUUCUUGCAUUUUCCCUCAUUAGCAAGGCUAGUUACGAAAAUGUUACAAAGAAGUGGAUUCCUGAAUUAAAGCAUUAUGCACCUGGUGUUCCGAUAGUUCUUGUUGGAACUAAGCUUGAUCUCCGGGAUGAUCAGCAAUUCUUUGUAGACCAUCCUGGCGCAGUGCCCAUUUCUACAGCUCAGGGUGAAGAAUUAAGGAAACAGGUAGGGUCCUCUGCCUACAUCGAGUGUAGUUCAAAAACACAGCAGAAUGUGAAGGCAGUUUUUGAUUCAGCUAUUAAGGUAGUGCUUCAGCCUCCGAAGAAAAGCAAGAAGAAAAAGGCACAUGGUGGUUGCUCAAUAUUGUGAUGGGUGGAAGAUUCAAGUCCUACAAAGAUGGAUCAACCUGCCAGCUUCUUGCUGCUUGUAUCCCUAUCGAUGUCACCUUUUAAAAUUGUAGGAAGCAGCAAGCCAUCAUUGUAUAGUGUCUGCUGACAUUCUGGGGAUUUCUGUGAAAGCUUCAAGUGGUUGUUUCUGUGUUUUUACUUAUUAUCAAUCAAUCUAUAGUUGAUGACAAGCAUUCCUUCCCUGUUAACAUGCACACGCCUUCUCUGCUUUUCUUGUUUAAGCUUCACGCAUGCAUUAACAUUUAUGCAAUGUGUAUGUAUUGUUUGAUGCCAUCGAUCAAUCGUGGAACUUAAUUCAAA